AUAAAACAACAUUAUGACAAACCCUCGACUCUGGCUCCAAGUACUUUAAAAAAUCAGAUGAUUUUAACAUUGCCUUCAAAUAAACAGCUCGAAUGUGGUAAGAGAAAAAAUGGUUAUAUCAAACACUAUUACGCAAGACCGAAAGUGUUUGCAUGCAAGUAACCCGAUGAUUAUAGACGUCACUUUCACAAGGGUAAGCGUCAAGUCAAAUUUAACAUUUCACGUCAUAAAACAUAUUGUUUCUUUUAAUGUUCAGACCCCAGAGUUAGUGGUUGGAAUGUUCCCAACAAGAUAUCAUUAUUUUAACACGGUACAUAGAGGCCAACCAGAAUCAACUCUAAUGGUAGUAGCUUCAAAAUAUAAUAUUACAAAUACAAUCACGAGACCUGCACAUUUCUUGACCUUUAUAAGUUCAUCAGAGGACCUUUCGCCUAACACAAAUACCUACUUCAGUCAAAUAUUGCUUACUAAAACUGUCUACGACAAAUACCAAACACCAACAUAUGGCACAAGUAAAAAUAAUCUCACCCAAGUCGUUAUUACAGAGUCCCUUCCAGCAACGGUUUCAACUCAUAAUAAUCCGAAAGGACCUGAUUACUUUUCAAUUUCGGACAAAAAAAUUAAUUUAUCAGCUUCGGUAAUUAACAUGGAACAAUCUGACUACCUGAUGAUAUACUCAACCAAGACCUUAUUAGAAACACGUACAAUUUGUACAGCUACGUUCAAUAGUAGUUUAACUAGAACAGCAUCAUAUGUUUCUUUGACAAUGAGAGUAUGUGAAAGUGACCACACUCACGUUAUAAAAAAUAUUGCUACUAAUACUGUGGGUAACUCUCUGUUAAACUCAGAUCUUUUAAUUUCGAUUAAAUCCGAACUUAUGCUUAAAAUGAGAAAAAACCAACGUCAAACUAUUGUUACAAUGGCCACAUUGGGGGCAGGUGAAACUAUUCAAGUAACUGCCGUGAAUAUAAUCAAAAAACCAAACUUGAAUUAUAUUUCCACUAUGAAGAAGUCGAAAGAAUACUUGAACUCAGAAAUGAGUUUCGUUAAUGCUACAUCCAUAUCUAAUGAGAGAAAACCAACUUUUAGUUCAAAGCUACCAGACUUUUCUGAAAAUAACAUAAACACAUCAGAAAAAUUAAACCUCAACCAGAAAAUUUAUAAGAAAAACAUUACAGAAUUAAUAUUAUCGGAAUCUGAAAAUAGUGAAGUGUUCACAAAAAAUAAUAAUAAAUUAAAGCCUUCACAGUACAGUUCAUUAGUAUCUUCACAGGCCAUCAUUACUGAACACUUAAAUUUGGAGCGAUUCCGCCCAAUGCUGAAUGUCGUAGCACACUUAAUAAAAAAACAACUAACUAAUACACAUAAGGCGCAACUUCAUACACAAAAAUUUAAUAAAGAAAAAUCAAAAACAAAUUCAGCUCAAAGCCACACAACAUUAGCAACAAUAAAAGAACCUAUUUAUAUACCUUUAGAGCAAAAUGUAAAAGGCAAACCCUUAAACACAACAAAUGCAAAACCAACAACGGCUGAUUUACUCGGAAAAUUAAAAAUUAACACAUUACAUAUAUAUCCACCAAAGAUGGAUGUACUAAAUAAGUGUAUAAAACAUAAUCUAACAAAACAUUCGACUUCCUUGGGAAAUAAAGAAAUAUCUAUGGUGCAUAAGAACGCGUUCAUCAAUACCGGUAUUCCCAUAAGACCCGGCGAGCUUAUAACGGCCAGCGCCAAUGUUAUAUUUGGAAGGCCAAAUAUUGAUGAAACAGUUUCACAAACAUUGUUAGCCGGCAAUAGAACUACCAUAACGUAUCGUCAUUUAAAUUCGAUAAAUUCGUUUUACCCCAGUAUUCCAACGAUUUAUUCAACGAUGUUACAAAAUUCCCUUUCGAAUAGAAAUGAAUUUAUGAUAGAGUACGCCAGUUUAUUAAAGCCUCCACCACUACCUGUAAAUCGACAAGUUCUACUACAGUAUCCAUCAACUUUCCAGUCUCAAUUGGGGAGAACAAGAACACCUGGUAAAAUUAGGUUUUCACCUAUUACAAUGUUACAAAACAAUCCGAUUCAUGAUCAUUAUUCUUCUCAGUCACCAAUUAGCUUAAAUACUGAAUUUUACAACAAUCAAAUUUUAGAUGUUUUUCGAGUACCACAAAUUUUUGGUGAAAUUCGGCCAGCUACUAAAAGUUAUUUAGCUUUGUCAAAUACCUUUGACUAUUCUUUAAGUCAUGAUUGUUCUUUAGACUCUUUAAAACCUACUUUGUCUUACAGAAAGCCGUUAGGUGUAUCUACAUUUUCUGUCAUUCACCAAGUUAACUUUAAAAAUGACGUCAUUAGCCAUACAGUUAAUAUGCAUGCUCGCCCUCUAACUUUUAAAAGAGACUCAGAGAAUAUUCCGUACGCAACAACCGUAAGAGGGCAUAUUGAUAGUUUUUUAAUGUCACAUGUUAAAAUACCUCUUAGCGACGAUAAGGUUGAAGUCCAGCUAACGACUAACCGUAAGAGAGUUUUUCCUGUUCAACAUGAAGACCUAAAGCCCGAUGAGACUGAUACUAAAUUUAAAGUACGAAACAAUAUAUUAACCAACUAUGAGAAUGCUCAGCAUUCGGUUUCGUUUAAGGAUGCUAAAAGACAAAGCGGAUUAAGCAAGUAUACUUCAAUAUACAGAAAUGAAUAUUUUUCUCAAUUUAAUUCUAAACUGAAUUAUUCAGAUAAUUCAAAUGGUAAACCAAUAAGACAUGUUUAUGGCAUUCCAAAAGAAAAGAUAAAAAAAUUUACUGAGCAAGACCAAAAGACAGAAAACUCAAACGAAUCAUUGCAUUUUUUAAAGCUUAAUACUACUAAAAAACGCGAUCUUAACAUUAACACUGCAUCAAAUAAAUGGGCAUCAAUGAUUAAAUAUUUAAGUGUCACAAUGCCUAAGAGCGUACAAACAAUUACAAGUUCGUUGAUGUCUUCAAAAAAAAGUAUUCAGACCGGCAAUAUAAGUAAGGUGCUUCUGACAACAGCUGAACAUUUUCGUGUCGAACCCUUAACAGAGUAUUCAAUUGACUCUGUAAAUUCCAAAUUUGUUUUGAAAACAAACACGUCUAACACAAGUCACUUAUUUGUCGCUAACGAACGUUCUCAACUGAAAUCAAAAAUAUCUAAGGAUUCAAAUUCUUUUAUGCUCACGUCAAACGACGACCUCCAGUUCAAACCAUCUUUCGUAAUACCCCUGAACAGUCUCCAAUACAGUUCAGUAAUACCAGUUUCUAAUGCAGACACAUUUUCAUUAAUAUUAAUACGAGAGCCGCAUUCUGACUCUAGUCAAAACUGGCGAGAUUCGACUUUAGGCAUAAAAUGCCACACUAAAGGUUGCAAAAAUAAUUUAUUAAAAAAACUUAGGCACGAUAUCAAAAUGCUUGAACCAUCUGAAAUGUUGCAGGAUGAAAUUACUUCAGUUUCAAAAAGAACAUUGGAAUGGGAUACAAUGUCAGUAAUAGUAGAAAAUCCGAAAACAACAAGUCCCUUGCCUUCUAUAUCUACGCAUACAAGGAAAACAACCGAAUAUUUAAACAUAUUGAAACCCACUAAAACGAAAACUGUCAAUAUAAGAAACUUAUCUGUAAUCAAAAAAAGUUUAGAUGCAAAAAAAUACAUAUCUAGUAAUCACUCAAUUGCUUACUCAUCGAAAAACUAUAUGAAGAAACCGAUUUCGAUCAGUUUAGACAAAGUACUUACAUCCUCAAGGAUAAGCAAGCAGCCACAAGGAAUGAACAGAAGUAGUGUUGCAAAUUUAAGUGAAAUGUCUAAAAGUUUAAAGACUUCAGACUAUCUAGCGAAGCCAUCUCUUACUGUGAACAGUGUUAGGCUUUCAAACAAAUCGAGCUUAGGUUCUACCCGAGAUGAGCAUGGGUAUGCUCCCAGUGACAUAAAUAGUAUGCUUCUGGGUGCUGUUGUUGCUGAUUCUUUUUCAACGACAAAUUAUAUGAAGAAAAACAAUUCUUCUAAUGGUUGCCAUCCGCCGUGCAGAUUGAACAAAAAUGAAUUAUGCGUUACUUAUGCUAACAAUACCGAAUCCUCGAGUCUUUGUGAAUGUCGACCAAGUUUUGGACGCAUGUUUCCCGACCGACCUUGCAAACCUACUUAUACAUACGAAAUGAAGUUUCAAGCCAACUGGGCGGGAAACAACUCUUUCAAGCCUCGCGAUAUUAUAAAAAGUAAUUUGAAAACCGAAACUCCAUAUAUAAAUAAAAUUUUAUUAGAAGCCGCUGAUCGCAUGGUUAUGCAAUCUGAUUAUAGAGAUAUUUUUCAUGGUGUGCAAUUACGAAAUGUUUUUGCCGAAGAAAAAGAUAAGUUAACGGUUACAUUCUUGCUACAGUUAUCAGAAAAUAGCGAUGAGGAACAACUUAAUUCCGUAUUUCAAAAGUAUUUACGGCAAAGCAACUUCAGUAUUGGAGGCACUGGAUUUUACACUUCAAAAAACAGUCUACACUUACUAGAAUUUAAAGAUUUUGAUGAAUGUCGUUACGAAAACUUUAAUGACUGUUCCAUUGAUGCUCACUGUUUUAAUUUGAUUGGCAGCUACACUUGUAGUUGCAAGGAGGGUUAUACAGAUAUAUCUAUUAAUGCUUUGUACCCCGGUCGCCAUUGCUUAAAUAAUGUAAUCGGCUGCGAUAUCUGUAACUAUAAUGGCAAAUGUAUAAAUAAUUCGGAAGACAAAGAGCAUCAGGGGAAAACCUCAUGCAAAUGCUAUUCUUGGUACGCUGGAACAAAGUGCCAAGUUAACAUGAAGAUUAUUAUAAUAUUUCUUUUUAUAAGUGGAACAAUAUUGUCUGUUUUGCUUCUAUUCUUCUUCCUUAUAAUAAACACAAAGCUUAAGGGCAAGCAAGGCAACGGCAAAGCAAGCGAACUAUGUACUGCACCUUCUACUGUAAAUCCUAGUAUAUCAACCGAAAUUGGUCGACCAACUUUCUGUAAAAACGAAGCUAAGAGUACAUUAAGUCAAGGCAUGACCUCAAUUUCUAAAAAGAAACAUAUUGGAGGGCAGAGCACGUAUUUUAAGCCUGCAGAACUUAAACAAAGUUUGAUACACAGUUACAAGGCUUCUUCAGCUUGUAACUUAAGCGACGAUUUUAAUAUAAGGAGUACGACUAAAGAACAUGGUUUUUCGCAUAGUGCUGCUGACCAUAGCGCAGGAGAAGACCAAACAGAGCGCUCUAUUACCCUAAUGAUUCCAAGAGCAAAAUACUGUUUACCCUAUAUUGCUCAAAACUCUCAUUUACCUCAUUAUCCUACUAGAUCCUUUAUGGGUAAUACAAAGCGAAGUGUAGUGCAUAGAGAUGAUGAUAAUGUUCUCUACAGAGGCACCACAACACCCAGAACUGCUCUUGUAUCUGCAGGCUUCGAGGUAUCUGCCCUCGUUAGUGACAAAAAUGUAUUGGAAAUUCCCAUAUUAGAUGAGAUAUCUUUCAUUAAAGAAGCAUUUGAUGAGUACACCCACAAAACGAGCACAUCAAAUGAGGAUGCUAAUACAAUGACUGAAAGAGAUUUGGGUUCCACGUUCUUGUUGCCACAUACACAUCUUUAUAAGCCCGACAAGAUGCUGUGUGACUUUGCUGGAUUGAGAUCUUCAUAAACGUCUGAUGUUUUAAUGUUGUAUAAAACUACCAUUAAAUCUUAUAGCCAGUAAGAUAGCAAUCACUUCUUUAAAAAAAUCUAAAGAUCUGAACAUGUUUAAUAUUA